AUGCGUCUCCCAGCAGAGAUUAUCAUCCUAAUUGUCAACUUCCUCAUCCCUCCCAAUCCACCCCUCGUGUUUCCUCCUAAUCAUGAGGUGACAAAGACCCUCCUUAGCUUCACCCGAGUGAGCAAGCUUACCUAUGAGACUGCCAGGGACCUCUUGGUGAAGCAUUGUCUCUACCUCGAUUCGAAGCGUUCCGCCUGGAAACUGCUCAGCCAAGGACCACCACUCCGUCCAUUUGUACCGGACAAGAGGACGACGAAUCUAAAACAAAUUCGGUUUACGCCUCUGGGGCUUUACCUAUCCCUGCCCUGGAAGGAUGCGUCGAGUUUUGAUUCGGGUGAAAAGCAGACAGAUUCAGAUGAGUCCGCCGAGUCAGGCGAGCAUUGGAUAACGCCAAAAUCCGCAUUGGUUGAGCCUCUUAUAUCUGGUCUUAGUUUUCGACUCCGACGAUUGGUAGUCGAUAUACUCCCAGAGGGGAUAGACGACAGUUUUUGGGAGGAAUUACAUGGUCUCUACAAGUCGCAUGUUAACAUGUUCCCUCUGCAAGAAUACUGCUCCAUCCAAACCAGUUUUCCCUGGAAUUACUCGGGUAUGCACGUUGAGCCUAAGCUAUGGUUCUGGAGUUUCAGGGAGAAUCUCCGCCAUCUCGCUCUCACUAAUACCAAUGUUAGCGGAAUCAACUUCUUAGUUAAUCUCAGUGGCUUGUCUCACCUCACUCAUCUGGUCUUUACUCGGCCACAUAAUCUGUUGGAUCCAUGUCCUUCUUUUCCUGGUGGGCGAAACUCCCUCCCUCGUUUGCAACGCGUCUUGAUCGUAGACACGCCAAGAGGGCACCAGCGUUAUGCGCUACAUUCAGGGCAACAUUCGGAACCGAAUUUUGUGGAUCGCCUACUGGAGAUUCAGGAUUUUCCUAGCGCAGCGUCGGGACAUGGUAAUUUGAAUACAAGAUCUUCUUUCAGUAUCCUAUCUGUGGCUGUUCCUUCCAAAGAUGAUGGCCACUUUCCUAAUGACGACUGCCAGGCUUGGGUACGCCGACAUGUGCUGGAUGGGACUUUGUGGGACUUUCCUGACCCUACGGGGCCAAGCCGUUUAGUGCUCAAGGAUAUGGUGGUCUACAAUGAUCUGGCAUGA